CCUCUCUUCCUUUUAAGCUUAGCUUCUGCUGCUGUUUCGGAGGAGCUCGAUCUAGAACAACAACUGCCUUUGCUUGCUUGCUUGCUAGCUUCGCUUCCGAGUUUGUUUUUAAGCUGACACUUCCAGUACUAGCGAGCUCGGAACAAUGGCUGCCUCUUCUUUGAUUUCGUCUUCUCUCGCCACUUCCCUCUCAUCUGCAACACUGCAGUCCGGAGCCAAGGGCCAACAAGGAUGCAGUGCUGUUUCUGGAACGAAGGCCGCCUUCAACAACCGGGUGAAAAACUUGAGCCUUCAGGCUAAGGGGUCUUUCAUGGGCUCAGCUCAGUCCUUGAGAACUGCUACUCCCUCCCUGAAUUCGAGGCAGCUGUCGAGUGGACCGAUCCGAGUGACUGCAGCUGCUGCAGCCAAAUCUGGAUCCACCGAGAAGGCCAAAAUCGGAAUCAAUGGGUUCGGAAGAAUCGGUCGCCUCGUGUUGCGAAUUGCGCUGUCCAGGGACGAUGUCGAAGUGGUGGCCGUCAACGAUCCGUUCCUCACCACCGACUACGUGAGGUACUUGUUCAAGUACGACUCUACUCACGGAGUGUACCCCGGCGAAGUUGUAGUUCUCGACGAGAACACCCUGUCCGUCGACGGGCACAAGAUCAAGUUCUUCGGUGCCAGGGCCCCGGCCGAUAUCCCAUGGGGUGACUGCGGUGCCGACUACGUCGUCGAGUCCACCGGCGUUUUCACUAACGUCGCCAAGGCCUCUGCGCAUUUACAGGGCGGAGCCAAGAAGGUGAUCAUCUCCGCUCCGUCGGAGGAUGCCCCCAUGUACGUCAUGGGCGUGAACGAGGAGAAAUACACUGCGGACCAGAACAUCGUCUCCAACGCCAGCUGCACUACCAACUGCCUCGCCCCUCUCGCCAAGGUCGUACACCAAGAGUUCGGCAUCGUGCAGGGCCUCAUGACCACCGUCCACGCCACCACCGCGACCCAGAAGACCGUCGACGGGCCGUCCGGGAAGGAUUGGCGCGGCGGGAGAGGAGCGGGACAGAACAUCAUUCCCAGCUCGACGGGAGCGGCCAAGGCCGUGGGCAAAGUGCUGCCGCAGCUGAACGGCAAGCUGACGGGAAUGGCGUUCAGGGUGCCCACGCCGAACGUGUCCGUGGUGGACCUGACCUGCCGCCUGGAGAAGGCCGCGUCCUACGACGACAUCAAGAAGGCCAUCAAGGCCGCGUCCGAGACCUCCAUGAGCGGCAUCUUGGGCUACACGGAGGACGCCGUGGUCUCCAGCGACUUCAUCGGCGACCGCCGGUCCAGCAUCUUCGACGCCGGCGCCGGCAUCGGGCUCGGCGAUGGCUUCGUGAAGCUGGUCUCCUGGUACGACAACGAGUGGGGAUACAGCAACCGAGUCGUGGACCUGAUCGAGCAUAUCGCAGCAGUUGUGGCGGCCCAGAAGAAGAAUUGAGUGUUUAGUGACACCCUCCGAGCGAUCUUCCUUCGACUAUGGACGAACCACCACACCUGGCGACCGUCAGCUCGACCUCGCCCGUUCUUUACCGACUCCGUUCCACGGUUUUGCGGCAGAUGGGCGUCGUCGAGUCUGCAACAUCAAUCUUCAGCGCUGUCUUUCCGAGCAGUUGCUAGAUAUCGAGUGCAAUUCCUAGGACUGAGCUUCUACACAGCUUUGGGCGAGUAGUAUGUUGAACUUGUUUUUGUCCCUACAAGACUCCGGCGAAUCAAAGUAUCCAACCCUUUACGGGUGAGACAGCGAGAGGUGAAUGCCCGAAGCUUGGAGAAUCCGCAAAAGGCAUUUGCAAGAGCAAAAUGUGGAUCUUUUUCGAUCGAUGCGAGCUAGUCAAGAGAUGUUAGUCGACGUGGAAUAAAUUCGUAGAUGAAAUUCAACUCAUUAUCCUGUCGCUCCUAGUGUGAUUGAUGUUCCCUUUUCCUCGAUGUGAACGUUUAUGUCCAGUCCGUGCCGCACUUCUACUCGAUUGAGUUGAGCCCUUUUUCCAGUCGAGAGGCGAGAGCCCAGAGAUGUGAAUCAUGUAUUAAAUUUGUUGGGUGAGUAUUUUGAGUGUAAGGUAGUGAGUGAUGUGCAAAUCACUCAUGGGAUGCUGCUUUGUUUUUGACCCUAGGAGUUCUAGCUGCGAAGAAAAUGAUCUUGUUAAGAUUUAAUGUGAUGGCUCAUAAAAUAAUAGAAAAUUGAUUGUACUAACAGG